AUGUGGCUAUCUGAAUCUCAAAAGUUUGGUGUUGCAUUCACAUUCGGUGGAUUCCUUUUUUUUGUAUUAGGUAUAAUAACAUUCUUUGACCGUGCACUACUAGCUCUAGGUAACCUUUUGUUUUUGAUUGGUGUCAUUUUAAUUAUUGGUUCCCAAAAGACUGUUAUAUUUUUUACUAAACCAAAUAAGAGACGUGGGUCGAUCUUCUUCCUGUUUGGUAUAUUUUUAAUUUUAAUUAAAUGGACGUUUUCCGGUUUUAUAAUCGAAUCACUAGGUAUAGUGGGUCUAUUUGGUGAUUUCUUUGGUGUCAUUGUCCAAUUCUUAAGAUCUAUGCCUAUCAUUGGCCCAUUGUUAUCACACCCUGUUGUUGCCCCUAUUAUUGAUAGACUAGCAGGUGUAAGAGUUUUACCAGUGUAA